UUAAUUUUGUCCGACCGGAUGUGGUAGUCGGUCGUUGCCUGAUCAGCUGACCGAGUAGAUCGGUUCGUAGGUGGAAUAAACGAGCACAAGGAGCUCAGCGGAAGGUCACUUUUGCUUGUUUUGCCACAGGAGGAAACGUUUGUCCCACAGCUUUUCGUCAGACGGAGAUGUUCCAGUAGGACCUCUAUUUCUGACAAGUUGCCAUAAUGUCGGGGAACAAUUUGGUACUACCCAUAGUGCUGUGGGGCCGCACAGCUCCCACCCACUGCAUCAGCAGCUUACUGGUGAUGGACGACUUCAGCACCAUCAUCACGGGCUGCCACGAUGGACAGAUCUGCCUCUGGGACAUGGCACCUGAGUUAAAGAUUUGUCCCAGGGCCAUGCUGUUCGGUCACACGGCCUCUAUCACAUGUCUGUCUAAAGCCUCCUCCUGCAGCGACAAACAGUACAUCGUCAGCGCGUCUGAGAGCGGGGAGAUGUGUCUGUGGGACGUGAAUGAUGGACGCUGUAUUGAGUUUACCAAACUAGCCUGUGCCCACACUGGGAUCCAGUUCUACCAGUUCACCAAUGGCACUCAGAAGGAGGGACGCCUGCUCUGUAACGGUCAUUACCCAGAAAUCCUAGUGGUCGACGCCACCAGCCUGGAGGUUCUGUACUCGCUGGUGUCUAAGAUUUCUCCGGACUGGAUCAGCUCCAUGAGCAUCAUCCGAUCUCACCGCACACAAGAGGACACGGUGGUGGCGGUGUCUGUGACAGGAAUCCUGAAGGUCUGGAUCAUUACAGCGGAGGUCAGCAGGAUGCAGGAUCUGGACCCGGUCUUUGAAGAGGAGUCCAAACCCAUCUACUGUCAGGGCUGUCAGAGCAUUUCCUUCUGCAGCUUCACACAGAGCAGCCUGCUGGUCGUCUGCUCCAAGUACUGGAGGGUUUUUGAUGCAGGCGAUUACUCGCUGCUCUGUUCGGUGUCCAGCAACAACGACCAGUCGUGGACCGGCGGAGAGUUCAUCUCAGCAGAUAAAGUCAUCAUCUGGACCGAAGAUGGCAGCAGCCACAUCUACAUGCUGCCGCCCAGCUGUCUCUCUGCCAGCGAGCAUUUCCGCAGCGACGUUGGAAAAACCAAAGAAGGUUCUGUUCCUCCACUGAUUUACAGGAUCGCCGAACGAUCCGACAAACAGCUCCUGAUCUGUCCUCCGGUGACCCGGUUCUUCUUCGGGCGGCGGGAGCCCUUCCACAAGCUUCUGAUCCAGGGCGACUCAGCUGGUCGACUGUCUCUGUGGAGCGUCCCUGACUCGUCCCCUCGGCAGCCCGCGGGGACGUCCACAGAGCUGCAGGUGUCCUCCUCCGUCAGCCUCCAGGAGGCGUUUGACGGCCUGAAGCCCGUCUCGUCCGGGAUCAUCGACCAGCUCAGUGUCCUGUCUGGAAAAGAGGAGCCCAUUAAGGUGACGGCCAGCGUUUACAUCCCGUCUCAGGGACGCCUGGUGUGUGGGAGAGAAGACGGCAGCAUCAUCCUGGUGCCUGCCACUCAGACGGCCAUCGUGCAGCUGCUGCAAGGGGAGCACAUGCUCAGGAGAGGUGAGGAGAGUGGGAGUCGAGCCAGUAGAUUAGCAACAAACCGCGCUUGUUGCCAGGACGCAACGGAGUAUGGUUCUGUUCCAAAUGCCAUCCUCGUCCUCGGUGGAACGGACUUUCUGGAAAACGCUAAAUUUAGAUUCAGGCUGGAGGAAUCAAACUACAUGCGUGUUUAUCCACAUCAGCUCCAGGGAAUCCGUUCUGUGUCGACUAAAAUCACGUGUGUGGCCAAACCGAGUAAGAGCCAAGACUUACACGGAUGUCUCAAGUGUGCUUCUAGACCAGGACACAAUCAUCUGUUCAUUACCAAGAGUUUGCUUUACGACAGUAAUCUGAACCCCAAACCAGCACGACUUCAAACCAUCGGUGGAGAUUCUGCCUCCUAUCCGAGUCUUCUGAUGCAUCAGAGGAAACAUUCAUCUGAGUCUACAGCUGUAGCCGUUCUGAGUGCAGACAUGUCUGCUAAAGCCUUUGUUCUUUAUGAGAGACAAAGGACCCAGAUAUCAUAUUUUCCCAGUGAGCACAUUCUGAGCUGCGGUUCUGUUGGUUCUGACGGUCACCUCCCAGGUUUCUCUGUGCAGACCCGAGUGCAGCACUGCAUCUGCUCGGUGGCCAGCGACCACUCAGUGGGCCUGCUCAGCCUCAGAGAGAGGAAGUGCAUCAUGCUGGCGUCGCGACACCUCUUCCCCAUCCAGGUCAUCAAGUGGCGCCCGGCAGAUGACUACCUGGUGGUGGGAUGUUCUGAUGGUUCCGUCUACGUCUGGCAGAUGGAUACAGGAGCCCUGGAUCGCUGCGUGAUGGGAAUAACCGCCGUGGAGAUCCUGAACGCCUGCGAUGAGCUCGCCCCAGCCACCGUCGACGCGCUGAGUCACUCCGCGGUGAACCUAAAGCAGGCCAUGACCCGCCGCAGCCUGGCCGCCCUGAAGAACAUGGCCCAGCACAAACUGCAGACUCUGGCCACCAACCUGCUGGCUGCGGACAACGCCGACAAGGGUAACUUGCCCAAAUACUCCCACAAUGCACUGGUGGUCCAGGCGAUGAAGACCAAUCUGACAGACCCCGACAUGCACGUGCUGUUCUUUGACGUGGAGGCCUUGAUCAUCCAGCUCCUGACGGAGGAGGCGCAGCGCCCGAACCCCAUGCUGGUGUCUCCGGAGACCCUCCAGAAGAGCCAGGCUGGGGCCGACAAGGGGGGGUCGUUCCUGGCCAACAAGAUCUUCAAGCAGGUGAAAGAGACCAUGAAGGAGACCAUCAAGGAGCACCUGCUGGAUGAAGAUGAGGAGGAGGAGGAGGAGAUGAGGAGGCGGGAGGAGAAGUCCAAGUCUCUGAGUCUGCUGGAGUACAACCUGACCAUGGACACAGCCAAGCUCUUUAUGUCCUGCCUACACGCCUGGGGACUCAACGAGCAGUUGGACAGCAUCUGUCUGGAGCGACUGGGCAUGCUCAGACCUCACUGUCCCAUCUCCUUCGGCCUGAUCUCCAGAGGAGGCCACAUGUCCCUCAUGCUGCCCACCUUCAAGGAGUCUUUGCUGCGACAGUUGUCUCAGGCAACAGGGCGGAGACUCGCUUUAUCCGACAUCGUGGGGAAGGGGACCUACGGCGUCUCGAGGGCCGUCACCACGCAGCAUCUCCUGUCAGCCAUCUCUCUGUCCAACACGCUGAUGGGCAUGACCAACGCCACCUUCGUCGGAGAGCACAUGAAGAAAGCGCCGGCCAGGCCUCCCAGACCAGGAGGAACCCCGGAGUCUCCUCGGAGGACGCCUGCUGCCCCCUCUCAGCCCUCCAACCCGGCGCUACAGGCCCAGAUCAAACAAGGCUGGAGCCAGCUGGCAGCCAUGCACUGCGUCAUGCUGCCGGAUCUCCUGGGCCUGGACAAGUACCGACCUCCUCUGCUGGAGAUGUUGGCGAGGAGGUGGCAGGACCGAUGUCUGGAGGUACGGGAAGCAGCCCAGGCUCUUCUUCUGGCCGAGUUACGAAGGAUCGGACAGUCGGGACGCAAAGAUACGAUCGACAUGUGGGCUCCGUACCUGCCUCAGUACGUGGACACGGUCAGCUCCCCUGGGACAACCACUGAAGCCUCCCCUCAGGCCCCGCCCCCUCCCGAGGCUCAGCCAAUAGAAACCAAGGCUCCAGAGGAGGAGAUGGACGUCACUGAUGAUGACAUCACUGCAGGCUGUUUGUCCAACCUUCCACCCAAUGCCAAGAAGAUCUCCAACUCGUACGAGGAGCGUCGGAAACAGGCCACGGCCAUCGUGCUGCUCGGAGUCAUUGGAGCGGAGUUCGGAGCGGAGAUUGAACCCCCUAAAGUCUCUGGGCGAGCCCGAGCGGGCGGACAGGCGCCCGAAGGCUUUGGACUAACGAGUGGAAGCUCGUCUAACUACUCGCUGGCAAGGCACACGUGUAAGGCCCUGACCUUCCUGCUGCUGCAGCCCCCCAGCCCCAAGCUCCCGGCCCACAGCACCAUCCGCCGCACCGCCAUCGAUCUGAUUGGUCGAGGCUUCACCGUCUGGGAGCCGUACAUGGACGUGUCUGCGGUGCUCAUGGGGCUGCUGGAGUUGUGCGCCGACGCAGAGAAACAGCUGGUGAAUAUUACCACGGGUCUGCCCCUCAACCCCCCUGCAGACUCAGCUCGUUCUGCUCGCCACGCUCUUUCUCUGAUCGCCACUGCCCGACCGCCGGCCUUCAUCACCACCAUCGCCAAAGAGGUUCAUCGCUACAACGCAGCUCAGGCCAACUCUCAGUCACAGCAGAACGUUCACACCACCACUCUGGCCCGAGCCAAGGCCGAGAUUCUGCGAGUGAUCGACAUCCUGAUAGAGAAGAUGCCCGGAGACGUCGUUGAUCUUCUGGUUGAGGUGAUGGACAUCAUCAUGUACUGCAUCGAAGGUUCUCUGGUGAAGAAGAAAGGUCUGCAGGAGUGUUUCCCUGCAAUCUGCAAGUUCUACAUGGUGGGUUACUGCGACCGCAGCCACAGGAUCGCUGUUGGAGCGCGGCAAGGUUCAGUCGCUCUCUACGACGUUCGGACGGGAAAAUGUCAGAAUAUCCACGGCCACAAAGGUCCGAUCACGGCCGUGUCGUUCGCUCCUGACGGUCGAUAUUUAGCCACGUAUUCCAGCGCCGACAGCCACAUCUGCUUCUGGCAGAUGAACACCAGUCUGUUCGGCAGCAUCGGGAUGCUGAACUCGGCUCCUCAGCUCCGCUGCAUCAAGACCUACCAGGUUCCUCCGGUGCAGCCCGCUUCUCCUGGAUCCCAGAACCACCUGAAGCUCGCCCGCCUCAUCUGGACCUCCAACCGCAAUGUCAUCCUGAUGGCCCACGAUGGCAAGGAACAUCGCUUCAUGGUCUGAUGUGGUCUGGGGUGGUUCUGAGCUGCAGCUGACCCAGAACCGUCCAAGCCCGGGUGCUGGUUUGGGUCAGAUUAGUCUCCUCGGUAGUCAUCAUGAGGAAACUAGCUGUAAAUAUUCAAACGAGUUUACAUGAAGAUUUGUUUCAGAUGUUUUUCAGUCACUUCCUGUUUAUUUAAGUUUAUUUCCUGUUUGAUUCUGUGAAGUGAAACAUAUCAGGAGUGUUUAAAUUCUGCUGGUUUUACCCCGUUUCUGAUUGUUUUCUCCUCUGAAUCGGUUCAGACCACAUUUCUGAGUUUCACCAAAAAUCGCAUAUUCUCCGUCCAAAAGCUCGACCCGGCUCAGGUUCUGGAGGAAAAACGCAUCUGAAGAUCACUAAAUCUAUAGUCACAAGAAAAGUGAAACCUUAGUGCUGAAUGUGAGCCUUUCUCUCUCUAACAUAUUUGAACAUUUGUUUAUUUUUCUCACAUCUUCUCGAUGUGCUUGUGUGAAUCAGAUGUCUAGGUUCGGAUUAUAAUCCAGCGUCUAAGACCUCCACCUGGCUUCAGUAGAAACCUGUAAAUAUCCAGUUCAACUAUCAAGCUGCUGUUUGUCGUCUUGUCCAGUGUGCAGAGUUAUGCUGAGUCAUUGUGAGUUAUGCUGACUCAUUGUGAGUUAUGCUGAGUCAUUGUGAGUUAUCCUGACUCAUUGUGAGUUAUGCUGACUCAUUGUGAGUUAUGCUGGGUCAUUGUGAGUUAUGCUGGGUCAUUGUGAGUUAUGCUGGGUCAUUGUGAGUUAUGCUGGGUCAUUGUGAGUUGUGCUGACUCAUUGUGAGUUAUGCUAACUCAUUGUGAGUUAUGCUAACUCAUCGUGAGUUAUGCUGACUCAUUGUGAGUUAUGCUGACUCAUUGUGAGUUAUGCUGAGUCAUUAUGAGCUAUGCUGAGUCAUUGUGAGUUAUGGUGGCUAAUCGUGACAUCAGCCAUUUUGGUGAAAAGCCUUUUUAUUGUUUUAGAUGAUUUCAGUGAAACUUUAAGGAACAAAAAGGACAAAGAAUUACAAAAGAUAUUAAUAUUUACGACAACAUCAAGUAAAAUUCUUUAUUCUUUAGUUGCUUACGAGCUUUUUUGUUCUUUGGGAUUUUCCUGAAACUCUGGAAUCUUUUUACAAAAUGGCCUUUAAUAUGUUAAAAAUGUGGUUUAUGAAUCUCUGAUGGGUGCAGGUAGAUUGUUCCUAACGGGGAAUUUAUUUUGAAAUGUGGAUUGGACCAAAAAGACUCGGAUAAAAGAACAAAGACAGAAACGUUAUGAUUGAAUAAAACAACCUGGAUUAAAGUGAAUACAUUUAGUUUGUUUUUUAAACAAUUUACACGUUUAGUUUGAGUCUCGGGUAUUCGGAGGGAAAGGGAUUUUUGUUUAUUUUUAAACGCUGCUGUGAUUUUCCUGCUAGUUUGGAGCUUCCUGCUUUAAACUGUCUUUGAUCUUUUAUGGUUCAGAGUUUUAUUCAGAGAUUAUUUACAUAUAAACUAUAAUAAAAAACAGGAUAUUUAUGGGAAGUUUGAAGCGUUUCCUUCCUUCGCCUCCUCUUCAGAGCCGUCAGAAAGCUUCUAACGCAUCACACACCUGUAAACCCGAGCGUGUCAAAGCUUUUCACAACUUCUUCCUUUCCUCAGAAAAAUUCCCGACCCGAGGUCGGAGGGAUUUCUGAAAACCCUCUCAGUGCAUCCUGACAGCGUUGAGAUCUUAAUCUUUGGGUUUCUGCUCUUAACAGUUUGACUAAACUUGUUUUCUGGAAGCCUCCCGCGAGAGGAAGGGUGAGAAAAGUACGGCAGCUGAGGAGUAAGUAACAAGUGAGGAAGAUGAGAGCAGCCGAGCAGAAAAAGGAGCUUUGAUGGUGAAAAUCUUCUGGGAUCGUUCUUCCAGACCGACUGGAGAGUUACAGAAAACGUCUCAUAAAUACAAACUCACGUGUUCUGUAAUCAAAACAGGAAAUCUUUGAGGCAGGGACGUUUUCCUUCGUUAAUUGAAGCCCUUUUUGGUUUCCUUUAGACGCCUCCGGCUCCGUUUUGACCUCUAACUGGUUUUUGUGGAUCAUGAGUGACGUGAUGCAUGUAUAUGAGCGUUCCUUCGUGUGAAACUCAAUCUAUGAAACAAACCCGAACUGUGUUGGUGUCAAUUUGGUGUCAAAUAAAAAAUCUUCACAAAG